GCGCAGGCGCACUGGCUCCUCUGUGCGCUCUACUGUUUGCAUUGUGUCUGAACUGCCGGCGAGCUUUAAAAAUAUUAUACCACCGCGGCAAUGUCGGGCAGGUCGGUCCGAGCUGAGACCCGGAGCAGGGCGAAAGAUGACAUCAAGAGGGUCAUGGCCGCUAUUGAGAAAGUACGAAAAUGGGAGAAGAAAUGGGUGACCGUUGGAGACACAUCCCUUCGCAUCUACAAGUGGGUGCCGGUGACAGAGCCCAAAUCAGAUGAUAAGAACAAGAAUAAAAAGAAAGGCAAAGACGAGAAAUAUGGCUCAGAGGUGACGACUCCAGAGAACAGCUCCUCUCCAGGGAUGAUGGACAUGCAUGAUGACAACAGCAACCAGAGUUCCAUUGCCGACUCAUCCCCGGUGAAACAGGAAAACAGUUGUAGCACCAGCCCCGCCCCAGAGAACACCACCGCAUCGCACCGCGACAGCAGCGAGGCCAAGACUGACCAGAGCCCAGACAGCAAGAGGGGUAAGACCAUCCCUUCAUCAGAGACCUCAGAGAGAGCACAAAGUGCCAAGAGAGAAAGUCUGUCCUCAGGGGAGAAGGACUCUUCAGACAGCAAAGCCACUCAGGACCUGGAGGAGGAGGCCCCACCCAGCAAGAAAAGCAAACUGGAGUCCUCAUCUCAGGACUUUGAGGAGAGUUAAAUGUUUGGGGCUGAGUGAUUCUCUCCUUCCCCCACCUACCCCCUCUCUGUACCUCCUCCAUUAACUCUAGAUGAUUUAGGGCUAAUGGACCACCGGCUCUCCUCUCACUCCUCUUUUUUUACCCUCCCCUUCUCUACCCAAACUCUUCAAUACCAAAGGGAGAACGGACAUCUCCCUGCUGCCCUCCCUCCCCCUCUAACACUCCCCCGCCACAGAGGGAGAAUGGAUAUUACCUCUGGUCCCCUCCGUGCUUCCUUCCAAUCCUCCACACUCUUCACUAAUGCCAAGAGAAGUGCUGACCCCCUGGCUGCAACCCCCUCUGUGACCAGGGGUGGCACUGUCAGCCCAGCCACCGCCAGGCCAGACUACAAACCCUGACCUGCAUCUGUGACUAAAAGAGUAAACACUGGGGAUCUGAGAUGAGGACGAGGUCGGCCGCAGACGCUGCUCUGAGACCGCUUUCUAAUCACUGCUAACGGUUUAGCUCAGGAGGCUAACCCGGUCUCAGAUCAGCGGCCGCGGGGGGAAACCUCCACCCUAAGACCACGUCGCUUCAAUCCUCCCGAUUCGCCUCCUGUUAGACUAAUGUUCUAUAUUUGUUUAGGAAACGUUUAGGGUUUUUUUCUCAGGAGGGUCAAUGCACUGUUAUGGUAUGUCACAAUCGAUCACAGAUAGAUUUGCUGCUGUAGUGGAUGUCUUUUUUCUCCAUUCACGUGUUUUUUAAAGUGAAUUAGUUUGUGGUUUGUAGAGGAAGAAGGCGACGGUACUGAACGAGAUAAACUCUUGGAUAAGUAGUGAAGACAGGUAGCGUAGGUCCUGGAGGUGUGCCUUGAGUUGCUACGAUUUUAAAUACACGUUUUAGGUCAAGCAGGUUUUGAAUUACAGUUUUGGUGCCAUGUUUUUAUUUUAUUUUUGCCUUAUAAUUGUCACUAAUUAGUUACAUCCAAUAUUUAUACUCAACCACAACAGUAAUAGUUUAACAUUUUGGGAAACAUUUGCUUUCUUGCAGAGAGCAGCUGAAGUUUGACACAGCCAGGAGAUGCUUAGCUUAGCUUAGCUGAUAUUCUGUAGAAUAUAUUCGUGAUUAAUCGAUUAGCAGUUUGGUCUCUAAAAUGAGUAACAGAAAAAAUAAUAAUAAUAUCAGGAGCUGGAUUAGGAGAAUUUUGAUUUUUAAAAAGAAAAGACUCCAUCUGAUGAAUCGAAUACCAAAACUGUUGGAGAUGAGUAGUUGACAUUGCUGCAGCUCUAAAGCACAGUCUCAUUAUUUGACAGCCACACCUCACAUGUUUUCUGCCAGAGUUUGAAAUGUUCUGUGUUUUUUUUAAAUUCACGUCCUACUUGUGACAGGUGCACUUUUGAUGAUGUCUCCUAGAAAGCACAUGAUUUGAAUCUGAGUGUCAAACUACAGUUUGACUUUACAACUGUGUCGCUAAAUAUUUCCCCCAAAUCAAUCAUACGUUAAUUGUGAUUUUUCUGAGAGAUACUGUGAUUAUAUUUUUGAUACAGUUAUUAUAUGAUGGAGGAUUCUAACUUGAGACGCCAUCUAAAGUGUGACUGUCGCCAAGACGACAACAUAGCUAUAACACCACAGACACAAACAGCUUACAGUCUUUGGAGUUUGCUAAUCGCAUCACUUCAAAUUCUGAUUAGUUUAGCCAACUUUGGCAUUCUCCAGAAAGUCGCUGUUUCUGUCUCAGAGGUAGUCUGGCACACAACUAACCGUAACACCACCACUUCUCUUUUUUACACUUUGUUUUUGUAUAAAUAAAAUGAGAUUUCUUAUGUUAAUUUGUGAGCUUUAGGAGUGCUGGUAGGUGGAUUGAACUCACUAAUUAGCACAUUUUUUCUGACUUAUGUGCCAGAUUACUUCUUGACACGUGACCUGACCUGGAGGGAAACUAACAGCCAACUGUAUCAUGUUCAUUUGUGAGCGUUAGGGGUUCUGUGGGUGGCCUUUUUUUUUUUUUUUUUUUUUUUUUUUUUUUAACUUUUGUAGUAAUGAUCACUUUCACUAUUGAUUUAGUCUGUCAGUUAUGUUCCCAAUUAGCCAUUUGGUCUAAAAGAAAUCCAAAAAUAUUGAUGUUUCCCAAAGUCAACAAUGACAAAUGCCUUGUAAUAUUCAAACCCCAAAGACAUUCAGUUUACUGCCCGAGAUUAGGGACUAAACCAGAAAAUACACACAUAAAUUGAUUAUCAUAGUUGUUGACGACUAGUUGAAUAAGUAAUGGUUGCUACGCUAACUGCCUCCUGGCACAUGCAGCUCUCGGCAAGGAAGCUCGUAAGCACAUUAUUCCUUUCAAAGUGGAAAUUGAACACUACUCAGAAGUUAAUUUGACCAUCUGCACACCUCAUAAGUCAGAUCUCCUGGUUGUUGAUCUGUGUCUCCUUCUGGUGGUGUUUUUGUGCACCUGAAGCAGAAACGGAGCAGUUUCUGGUUUUCCCGUCUCAUUUCUCCUCUGUCAGUGUUCUGUGUAUCACUACUUAUCUUCAGCCUGCAGGUGUUUUGUGUAGCUCCCCACACAAGGGUCCAGUCUUUUAGCUCAAACAUUGGUUCUGAUCCUAAUUCAAGGUGCUGUCUGUCGGCUGAAUCCACGCACGUGUGGCGUCCAGCUCUCGGUUUUGUGCAGAUUUGUGCAAAUUUACUUGAACUUUCUCGUAUGGAUUCAGACCUAUGACCUCUAAUGUGCAAACCUCACACGUGUCACACUUAUGAGUCAAUAUUGUGAGUAUGGAUUGAGAUGAAUUGAAUCACUGCAAACCAAUGACUUCAUAACCUAACAGGGGCUACAGAUUACUGAUUUCAACAAAUCAGCAUUCACAUGGAUGGAGAGAAAAGAAACUCAAAAUGAUAAUUGUGUCAGUUUAGAGGAUGGAUUAGCAUAUACCUCAUUCCCAGUCCAGCAGCGCUGGAACUUAAAAUGCUAUUGUAUUGACAUUAACAGUUAUAGACAGCAUUAUGUACACUCAGUUUAAGAAAAAAAAUCUCACUUAUGUUGUAGCUUUCACCUGAUCGAGCCAAUUGCUUAUAGUUUGCUCAUAACUGUGUGUUUUAAAAAAAACAACAAAAAAAAGAUGAGCUGUGAGAUAUAAAAUCUUGUAUGUUGUUUUUUUUUUUUUUCCUUGGGACCAUUUUGUUUUUUCUUUUGAUCUUGUACAGAUUUAUGGUUUGGUUUGACUUAUUUAUUCCAUCAGUAGUGCUUGGUUUUUAUCAUGUCCAAUGGUUUUGUUUUCUUAAUAAAAGUCACAAAACAGC